GGAGGAGGAGGGCCCUAAACACUGAGGAGAUACAACAUGUGCGUUCUUAGAUCACUUAAACUCUGAUGGAUUUUGCGUGACAGCAGACGAGCCACACUGGAUGCCACAAUGUAUCUACUCUUUGAUAUCAAUCCAAUCUUCGGGGGUCUGGGACGUUUUUUAUGCUUAAAAGGAUUUUGACUCACAUCCUCAAAAUACAAACAGACAGACCGACUCAUUGAGAGCAGCCCAUAGAGACUUCACAUUCACAACCUUGAAUCUGUUGCUCAGGGAGCAAAAUCCACUCAUAAUCCAACCGCUACAACCACCCCGGCUCCACGCUGCACCCGCAGACGAUACCGCAUGGACUACGCCUCCAUUAAAACAACUUGAGGACUGCAACAUUUCUGUCAGUGGCAUCCUCUGAGACGUUGAAGUUAGGAAAUGAAUACAGGCUCACGUUUACUCACACUCUAGAUACAGCCAGCAGCAGCUGGAAUGAUGGGUAAAAAAGAGGGCAUCUGUAGCACAUUUAGUCUGGACUGACGACUAACAUUGUGACCCUGACAACCAAAACUGAUGGUAAAUAUUGCAUAAUCUGCAGGAAAGUAGAACAAAGGAGAAGGAAAUAAAGCGUUUUAAGGGACAGACACAUUGACUUGGUAGAACAAGCUGCAGGUGGAACACAUGAGCAGCUUACCUACUCUCACACACAAACAGAAGACACAUUGAGUCAUUCACUGUGCAGCUGUCACUAACGGGGAUUCACCACCAUGAUGGAGAAGCUGAACCUCAUCGGCCCACCUGCCUCACCCCCCGACCUACCUCGCCCCUCCUCCUCCUCCUCAUCCACCUCCUCCUCCGCCUCCUCCCCGUCCUGUGCCUCCGUAGAGCAGCACAGUCCCCUCCACAACAAGACUUUAGCAUCCUCUGACUCCAUCGCUAACAAGGCAGGGCACAAGGGACACAUGGACGUCCCCUCUGCUGGCUCCGUUCAGUCCCCCAUUGCCACGACGACUGCGUUAACCGGUCACCACGCAGACUCAGCUGCUGCACCCGAGCCCAUCGUCAUUGUGACCGGGGAGGAGGAGGAGAAGCGAGGAGGACCAAAGAGAACCACAGCCCCUGCUGCCUCCACCAACGGGUCCCCAACUCUUUCCUCUCCACCUCCGCUCCUCUCUGCGCCAGCAAAGACCCCCACGUGCCCGGUACCGCCCCCAACCUCCACCAUGUCCUUCCCUUCGUGCUCAUCAUCCUCUCCUCUUCCUCCACACAUUCCAGUCAUCAGCCUCGGUCACACCAAACCCCCUCUCCCGCUGCCCAAUACCCCUUUGACUGCCCUCCACCCGAUUCCCAACCUCCUACAUGGGCCCCACGGGGACCUUCACCGCAUUCAGCGGACCCGUUUGUCUCUGGCCAGCCCUGGAGCUUCUGGACCUUCUGUAGCUAUUGGGGGCCCCUUAGUCCUCUCCCCAGGACCCAUGUUGCCUCAGCAGUACCUGUCUGCACACCCCUUCUUCACCAGUUCUUACCUGAGUCCUUCAGGAGGAAACUAUGGCAUCAUCAGCAGCAGCCGCAUCAAGAGAAGACCCUCGUCACACUUUGAGAUGGAGAUCAAUGACUGCCCUGCACACUCAGACAGUGAUUAUGUGUGUCUAACAGGCCCUCCUCAGAAAAUUGCUCGCCGUGUCUUCACCAACAGCCGCGAGCGCUGGCGACAGCAAAACGUGAACGGGGCUUUCUCUGAGCUGAGGAAACUCAUUCCCACACAUCCACCCGACAAGAAGCUCAGCAAGAAUGAGAUCCUCCGCCUGGCUGUAAAGUACAUCAACUUCUUAGUCACGCUGCUCAAUGACCAGGCACAGGACAAGGGCAAGGACUCAGCUGAGGACGAGGAGGAGAGCACCGCGGCUAGGUUGGACAGUAAUAACCAGAACCGUCUUUUUCAGUGCAACACUCCUCCUCCGUCCCACGCCGCCCCACCACCCUCAGCCCGUCCAGCGACAGUCCACAGAGACAGAGACUCAACUGACUCAGUCAUUGCUCUGGCUAACUCCCCGGCAACAUCCAGUUGCUAUGGUGACACGGACAGUGAGGAGAACUUCGUGGCUAAGACUUCGUUGGUGACCCAUGGCAUUCUGGGAAAGGUCAAGGGUCACACAAGGAUGGUGGCAGCAACCAAUGACGAGCGGUGACACCAAAAGUCGGCAAACAAAGAUGUGUAAAUGUCACAUUGACGGACAGAACACGCCAUCAUCGCCAGAUACCAAAAGUGUUUGAGGAACAAGUGUGAUUCUCUCUUCCACUUCCAAGUAGGGACAUAAGUAGGGGGUGGAUUUUCUGAGACACUUUUGUAGUUUUAACUGUCUCUGUCUUUUUCCAGUGUUUCUGUGAUGUGGGGCAAGUUGAGAGUCAUGAAACAUCGCAAAACAUAAAAAAAAGACUUAAACGCAAUUUAUAUCCAAAUAAGGUCACAAUGUUCCUUUGUCAAGCUUUACACCUCAAUGUCUAACAAUGUGCAUGGACACAGAUGAAUUAUGCAAAAUAGGAAGAGAACAGAAGAAAUACAAGUUCUUGAAUUGUCUUUCAAAUGUUAAAUAUAUCACAAGAGGGUUAAACUCCAGAUUUUUUUGUUAUGGUCUAAAUGCCGCCUCAUAAAUGUAAAUAAUACGCAAAACAAUUAUGGCGACUACUAUAGAAUACUCUGCAAAGUUGCAGUUUUAUAUGUUGUUGUCAGAGAGGGGAGGCAGAUGGUACCACCCUCACAUUGUGACAUACUUGUACCAGACAGAAAUAAAGUGCGUUUUAGUUCGCUGUUCCUUAUUUGACAUCCUCUUAUUGCACUCCAAAGACUGCUCUUUGUCAGCUCGAUUUCUCAACACAUACAAAAUGUUUCGGGAACAUUUGUGUAUCCUCAAAGGGUUCAGCAUGUUGAAAUUCUCAGUGUGAGCUGAUCUCCACAACCAUCAGAUGUUAGAUGUAUAAAUGCAAC